CACUUCUCUAUAGAGCAGCAAACACUAGAGCAGUUAGAGGAUGCUCCUGCAAAACAAACUCAACUUUGACUUGUAACCGUGUGCGUGCGUGUGUGCGAAAGAGUGAUUUUUCUUUUCUUUUUUUUUUUUUUUGAAGCUGCAGGAUGUUCUACUUCCACUGCCCUCCCCAGCUGGAUGCAGAGUGUUGUCGCUCCAACACAUUGAAUUCGAGCACUUUUGCCAACCACGCCCCAGCUGAUUUCGACGAUGGCUUCCUGCGGAGGAAACAGCGCAGGAACAGGACCACGUUCACUUUGCAACAGCUGGAAGCCUUGGAGGCGGUCUUCGCACAGACCCACUACCCGGACGUGUUCACGCGUGAGGAGCUGGCCAUGAAGAUCAACUUGACAGAGGCCAGAGUGCAGGUGUGGUUUCAGAACCGCAGGGCCAAGUGGAGGAAGACGGAGCGAGGUGGCGCAGACUCUGAAGGAGGUAAGGAGCAGAUAACCGAGGGCGCUCCUCCGACCCGCGGCAUCAACCCUCAGUCGCCCUCCGAGCAGAGCAGAAAACAGAAAGAACCGCUGGAGAUGCAGCAGAGCAUGAACAGGCCCGUGGGUCCUGGCGGUCCCUUCUUCCCAUCAUGUCUGCCGGGGACCCUCCUCAACUCUGCCACCUACGCCCAGGCCCUCUCUCAGGUCGCCACAUUGAAAGGUAAUGCUUUGUGUUCCUGCUGCGUUUCGGACCCCAUGGGCUUAUCCUUCCUGCCGCCCUACGGUUGCCAGGGCAACCGCACAGCCAGCGUGGCCGCCCUGCGCAUGAAGGCCCGCGAGCACUCGGAGGCGGUGCUGCAGUCGGCCAACCUGCUCGGCGCCGGGCCCGGGGUUGGCGGCGUCGGGGUCCUGUCCGGGGUGACGGGCAUGACGGGAGCCGGCAUGGUGAGGCCCUCGGCGACCGCUCCGGCUCAGGUGGAAGUGAGCGGAACAGCCGGAAGAGGAAGCGACAGCUCCAGUCCUAACACGGCCUCCAAGGUGUCUGACAAGCACCCUCAUUGCGCCGAUAAGGACGUACUGGAGAAGAAGUGAGGACUCUCAAGGGUCCGAGACUGUCUGCUGGUCCUCUAGGCACAACUACGGAGCUAUUUCAAUUAUUAUUAUGAUUUGUGAACAUUUGGGGACUUGUUUUCCUCAUGAAAGCACAAGUUUGGAUCGGUUUUUCUGCACUCCUUCAUGGACUAGUACGGUAAAGGACAAAAUGAUUCCGAAACAGGGCAAAUUUUGAGUUAAAGCUUUGGUGAACGGGUGUUGUUUCGCUGAGAAUGACACAAGAAAGUAGCAAAAGACUGCGCAAUGUUGUGUUGCAUCCACUAUUUUCAUUGUUUUUGUCCAAAAUGAUUCAUACCCUUUUUCAAUGCAUGCACCGGAUCCAAUCGUCUCAGUCCCCUGACGGCCGUAUUAAAUUUAUGCGGGAACGAUUAUACAAAUGUUUAUUAUUAUACUGUUAUGAGCAAAGGUUUUUGGCCUAUUUUUUAACUGUUCCCAUGAGGUUUUUAAAAUUGCUCGGCAGGCCAGAUCAAAUGCUCUCGUGGGCCAUGUAUGGUGAAAAAAAAGCAUGUUGUUUUUUAUUAUUUGCUCAAACGCAGGGGGGGUUUCAGAGUGUGAGACUUCAGGGGAGGCGUCGCAGCUUUACAAAAAUAAAGAAAAACAUCUUUUUUAAAUCUGCGAAGCUAACUUCGGAUAUGUUUAAAGGCAAAAUGAGUUCCUACAGUGAGGGUUUGGGGUGAGAAGAAAGCUCCACAAAAUAUACCCUAGAAAAAUUGUUUUGGGGGGAGUAAAAUGUAUUACAAUCCCCACAGAAGACCCCGGACAUAACGCAACUUCUCACAGUCUUUUGCCACUUUUGUGUAUUAUUUCCAGUUAAAAUAAGACUCAUUCAACAAAUAAAAAUGCACUUGGACUGGGAAUUUGGCCAGAGUAUAAAUCACUCUGCCUUAAAUGUAAACUUCCACUAAUAGCCAACGGAUAAUGUGAAUUUAUGUCACUUGUUUUCCCUCCGGCGGGCCGACGCUGAACCUAUUGUGAAUGUUGAUGCAUGUAACUAAUGGCAGGGCUUUGCCGCAUUCAUGUCUUUCCACACGUCAAUCUCUCCAUUCUUGUUGAUCUUGAAGUGAAAGUGCACUUUAAUAUAAUAUCAAAUCAGCCAUUUCCAGUGUAAAUACGUCCAUGUGGCAGUUACAGCAGCCCCCCCACCCCCGCCCUUCUCCACUCUUCUGUUAGCACGAUGUCUGUAUUACCGACAGACAGCGAACACACCGCUGCUCCUGUUGUGACAUGUUCUUUAAAACAAUUAAAGAUGUAGUCGCUCAUGUUCCUCUCACUGCAGCCAUCUGUUCUUAUCCAUUAUUCAGCAGCUCCUCUUUAAAGCCAAGGAGAGCAGACUU